AGUCGACGGCGUGGGCUGCGCACACCCCUGCUCACCGUGGCUGGUGCACCGACCGCGCCCAGGGCCAUGCCUAGCCCGCGCGCUGCAGCCGCCGCCGUGCGGCGGCCGCGAUGGGCGUCGGGGGCCAGCGCCGCAGGCGGCGCGGCCAUGUCCUGCGGAGGUGGGUGGCGUCUCAGGGGGGCUGGCUGUCCGACAAGAUCGGCAUCCGCCGCGGCGGCGGGCGCGACAGCGGCAGGGGCGUCUUCGCGACCGCGGACGUUCCGCCUGGUGAGGCGCUGGUCUCGCUACCCCCGCGGGCCCUGCUGCUGAGCGAGGAGGCGACGCGGGACGUGCCCUGCAGUCAGGCCAUCGCCGCGCACUUCGCUGGGGAGGGCGGCGCCGGCCCGAGCGAGAGGCACGUUCACGGCGUCUUCAGCAUCAUGGUCCUGUUUACGCCUCUUAGAUGGGGUCGGAGUAAAUGGGUUCGGAGGAUCGCGCCGCAUCGCCGACCCUCAUCCACUCGGGCCCCAUCGAGGAGGCUUCCAUCGCUGGACGAGGGAAGAAUGCCGAUACCGCCGCAAUCCAUAAUCCCCCUCGGCGCCACGGGUGGAUUCGCCUCGGAAGGCUGGUCCGGACGCAUUCCAUGAGAGGCACGUCCACGGUGUUUUCAUCAUCAUCUCGAAAACACAUGUUAGCCAGCGUGGGCCCCCAACCAGUG